UUCAGCAGGUUGAAUUCGAGGAUUAUCCAAAAUGGUAUCGUAUAAGAAGAUGACCAAGAGACAGCGCGAGUGGUACGACUACGUCAAGGAUGCGAGUGAAGUACUCAGUGUGGGUGCGAAUCAGAUUGGCGAUGCUGAAGCUCAAGCGAUUGCAGGGGCACUCAAAGUGAAUACGACGCUGCACAAGCUCUUUCUGCGCCAGAAUCGGAUUGGCAACGCUGGAGCGAAGGCGAUCGCUGAGGCACUCAAAGUGAACAAGACGCUGACAGAUCUGAGCCUAAGUGGGAAUCAGAUUGGCGAUGCUGGUGCGCACACGAUUGCUGAAGCACUCAAGGUGAAUACGACGCUGAAGGAGUUCUAG